AUGGCACCAUCUAGCAACGCUACGUCUUCGUCUUCAGCGGGCGCAGAUCGUAUGGUAGACUCUGUCUGGCUUGCCACUCAAUCGACCAGCGUUGCCAUUGGGACUCUUUUAGUCCUGACACGGAUCUAUAUAAGGUCUAUCAUUAUCAAAAAAAUUGGUCUAGAUGACAUGUUCAUCGUGAUUGGUCUGGUCAUCGCUCUUGUCGUCUGUGCGAUGACCAGCCUUUCCGUUCACUACAUUCAGCAAUACUUCUCCGAUCGCUCCCAUGGUCAAACAGUCGCAGCCAUUAGCAAUUUCACUCUUGCCCAAAAAUUGCUUGCUCUGUCGUUGCCAGUCGGAAUAUUUUCCGGUCUAUGUACUAGACUUUCCGUCUGUCUUUUCUUACUACGGAUCUUUCGAUCGAUCAGAGCAUGGAGAUGGGGUCUUUACGCUGUGAUGGCGUUUGCUACGGCCGUGGUGAUACCCACACACAUCAUCCUCCUUGCCCAUUGUCAACCGAUUCGGAAACAAUGGGAUCCGCUGUCACCAGGGACUUGCUGGUCACCUCUCAUCCUGAGCCGCACGAGUUAUGCGUACGGAGUGACGUCAGUGCUCUGCGACUGGAUACUGGCGACUUUACCAAUCGUGUUCAUGUGGAAUCUACAGAUGAGGGUCCGGGUCAAGGUGGGGAUAUGCGCCUUGAUGGGAAUGGGCUACUUCACCGGAAUAUGUGCCCUUGUCCGCACCCUCCUGGACAAGGAACAACCCUUUCUCAAACCGACAGACGAAUACCUUCAAAGCGGUCCCGCUCAAAAAGCUAUCUGGGCUAUCCUGGAAGUAAACGUUGGCAUCAUAGCCGCUUGCAUCCCGACUCUCAAACCCCUCUUCGACCACUCACGUCCUUCCCACCUCAGGUUUUUCAGAUCCGACAAAGCGGCCGACACCCCUGAGCUGGACGAUGACAAGGCCUGCCGGAAGAUAUUGACCCUCAACACCCUAGAGAGCACGCUGCCCUCCUCCUUGGCAAAUUCUCUGAACUCGAGUGGGGACUCCAGAGUAAGCCAAGCGCGCUAUGAUGGGGCGUCUGAUGCUGCAAGUCCGCCGGACUCGAGGGUUUAA